GCUUGCCCACUCACUGAGCCGCACAUGCGCAAAAUCUGUUUGGUGGUCGAAUACAGGAAACGCCCAUUGCAAGCUGGUAGAUAGCGAAAGUGCUUCGGGAGGAAAUCUUCGGGUUUUUUCAGAGUUGGAUGUAUUUACCACCCCAAUGGAGGAGAAAAUUUCCAGAAUUUGUAACUAUCUUUCAAAACGAGUGUAUCCUCAAAAUUACACGAGUUCACAGAAACAAAACCUCCGGCACCUGAGCAGCAAAUUCUCACUGAUCGAUGGGACGCUUUAUCACUUCUCUAAAGGUAAGAAGCGCAAGGUGGUGACGACGCUGUCGGAGACGCAAGCCGUGUUUAACGAGUUUCACCACGCGUCUGCAGCGGGCAACCACAACGGCAUCGUCAAAACCAGAGAGGCGAUCUCCGCCGUGUUCUACUGGCCCGGGAUGUCGAAGGACAUCGAGGACAUGGUGGAGCGAUGUGAGAAGUGCCGCACAGCUCGGAGGUUGCAGAGUCUCAGGCUCUAUUACCCAGGAGCCGUGCUGUCCAGACCCAGUAACCCGCAGAGCCCCCUGCUGGAUGCUGCCACGUCCGGCGAGAGCACCCCCUGGAGGCUGUGGCAGGCCGAGGGAGAGGGGGAGAGCCGGGAGGGAGAAGGGGGGGACUGCGACUCCCUCACCCCAGCCACAGAGGGGCACCUCAGGGUGAUCGUCGUCUCCAGCCCCGGCCCUCUGAGCGUGAAGGAGGAGGAGGAGGAGGAGGAGGAGGAGGAAGGGGAGGAGGAGGAGGAGGAGGUGGGGUUCAAACCCGAGUCCCGCGAGAGUGACGUGGAGGCUGAACUGAAGCUGGAGCGAGACCAGGAGCCGGAGCAGCACAGUGACCCCGACACGGGUGCUGCUGCCGGGUCAGAGGGGGCUGGGAGGCAGGCCUGUACUGGGAGUGAUGGGCACGGUGGUGCGGGGGCUGAUAGCGGAGCAGGUGUGUUCUCUGAUGCCGAUCGGCUCGGGGGUCCCGCUCGGGGGGGGGCCCUGGUGUCCCGGGGUCUCCAGCGCUCCCACGCCCGCUGGUCGGAUGAAGACACGCUGGCCCUGCUGUCCGUGGUGGCGCGGAUGGGCGUGGCCCGCCAGCUGGACAGGAAGUGUCGGAGCAGCGCGGGACUCUGGGAGCGGGUGCGGGUGGCGCUGGCGGAGCGCGCGAUCCCGAGAGAGGCAGGGAUCAUCCGCUCCCGCUGGAACGCACUCAAGCAGAUGUACUGGAAGGAGAAGGCCAGGAGGGGGCAGUGUGGAGUGACAGGCAGCAACAAGAACAGCAGCCGCGUCAGGUUCUUCAAGACGAUGGAUGUCCUGCUGACCAGGAGCCCUCGGGAGCCGCGGGACGAGGACAGCUCCUCCGGCUCGGGCUCUCCCUCGCUCCCCGGCCUCGUGCCCCCCUCUUCUCCACACCCCCCGCCCCGCCCCAUCCCGGACCCUGGCUCCUCCCCUUCCUCUCUGGACUCCUCUCCAUUCACGAGGGACUGGGGGACAGACGCACAGAGAGACACUGAGGGGGACAGGGAGAGGGAGAGCUCGGGCUGGGGACAGUCUGCUCUCCAGCCCCCCCUGCUGGACACAAGGGAUCCCACAGCCUCACUGCCCUACAGUGGAAAAACAGAGACGGAUUCACAUAGCCAGGGGCCUGCUCCCCUGCCCGAGGGCUGUACCGCUGGCUUCCAGGAGAGGGCGCUGUCGCUGCUGUCAGACUUCCUGCAGGAGCAGCGCAGCUUCCAUGCACAGCUGCUGCAGGAACAGAGAGAGCUGAGAGCCGCACUGGAGCGGACGCUACACACACAGGAGCAGGGCUUCACCCUGCUGAGGCAGCUGCUGGAGAGGCAGGGGGGAGGGGCCACACCGGGGGCCACACCCCCCGCCCACAGAGGAGGAGGAGGAGGAGUCACACAAACUGGAGCACAGACACUGCAGACCACAACCCGAGGCCACACCCACCCCCAGAACUCAGCCUGAAACCACACCCACCCCCAGAACUCAGCCUGAAACCACACCCACCCCCAGAACUCAGCCUGAAACCACACCCACCCCCAGAACUCUGCGGUAAUGGAAGUCCACGCCCCCUGGGGCUGAACUCCGCCUCCCCAGCAGGGAGGACGCUGUUGCAGUGAGCCGUGGGCUUCAGUCCUCAUCUUGCUGUGGUGUUAGGGGGCUGCUUCAGUCCUCGUCUUGCUGUGGUGUUAGGGGGCUGCUUCAGCCCUCGUCUUGCUGUGGUGUUAGGGGGCUGCGGCUGAGGGUCCCACGGGGUUUGAUAGCGCACGCUGACUGGAAUUAAAUCAAAGCUGACGGCGGGAGCCGUAGCCGUCCCUAUUUGUAGUGGCUGCGUUACAGAUUCAAUACAAACUCAUCAAACACUCAGAAAUACUGAAUGAAGAAGAGAAGCCACUGAUAAAGCGAGAGCUCACUGGAUUUGAAUAGUCAGCUAUUAUUAAAGUAGUUAGCAAUCAGUGAAUCCAUUACUUCUCCUCUUCACUAUAUAUAUAUACAUACAGGGCUGGGAAUCAGACUCCUGUUGCACAGCAGUGUCACCCAGUCCAGGUUUUACUACCAGCUUGAUCAGCCCCAGUGUGUCUAGGUAACAAGCUCAGGUGUGUCUUAUUAUUAAACUCCUAGUGAAACCAGGAAUGGAUCAAACGGCUAUGCAAUGAUGCAAGAAGCUAAUGGGAGUCUUAUUUCCAUCCCUACAGAUAUAUAUAUAUAUA